CUGGAAUAAUCACACGUAAGUAGUCGCCUAUGAGGCAAACUUUCUACCACCUAAAAGAAAUGGCGUCCUGCAACAGCCUCUUGUCUGAGGAGCAGUUUCUUUGUCCGAUCUGCCUCGAUGUGUUCACUCGGCCGGUGUCCACCCCAUGUGGACACAACUUCUGCAUGCCCUGCAUCUCCAGCUACUGGGACGACAGUGUGGUCUGCCAGUGCCCGGUGUGUAAGGAGGCUUUUCAAAGAAGACCCGAUCUGAAGGUCAACACUUUCAUUUCGGAGCUCGCGUCGCAGUUCAUGUCCCUUCAAGUGAACGACGCUCACAUGUGGGAGCCGGUCCAACAGCAGACCAGCGAGGGCGAAGUGCUGUGUGAUAUUUGUACUGACACCCGGCAAACUGCGGUCAAGUCCUGCCUGGAGUGUCUGACGUCCUACUGCGGCGAUCACCUCGAGCCUCAUCACAGAGCGGCCGGACUGAAGAGACACACGCUGGUCGAGCCCGUGUCGAGCCUGGAGAACCGGAUCUGCAAGAAGCACGCCCGACCCCUCACGCGAGUUUGCAGAACGGACAACGUUGUGCUGUGCGACAUCUGCUCCAGCAGCGCCAAACACAAUAACCACAACGACAUUACCGUGCAGCAAGCGUACGAAGAGGCAAUGGCUACAAGGGAGGAGGCUAAGGGCGAAAUGCAAAGGUUGAUAAAGGAAAGGCUGCAGAAGGUCCUAGACAUGAAGGAGGCCAUAGACAAGAGCAAGACAGAAACCAAAGACGUGAUAGCAGAGAGCGUACAGGAGCUGACGGAGCUCGUCUCUGAGAUUCAGCAGAGCCAGACUGAGCUCGUGCAGGUGAUCGAGGAGAGGCAAAAAGCAGCAGAAGAACAGGCCAAUGCGUUUUCUCUCAGCAUGGAGCGGGAGAUCACCAAGCUGCAGAGCACCGUGACGAAGAUGAGUGAGCUAAGAGGGACUGAAGACUAUCUGGACUUCCUUGUGAGUAUGCAAGAGAUGUCCUUACUUCACCCCACGAUGAACUCGCUCACAUUCAGUUUUGACCGACGCGUGGACAUUCAUCGCACACGGAAAUGUUUAGGGAAAGCCCUGUCUCAAGUAAGGAAGCUGCUGGAGGAAAUGAACAGAGAAAUGAAAGAGCUCUUCAGCGGCACGGAUUUAGAAGACAACACGAUGUUGCGGUGUUACAUAGUGGACAUUUUUCUGGAUCCUGACACUGCUCACCCUCAGCUGGUUGUAUCUGAUGACAGGAGACAGGUGAGAUACAACAUGGGCUCAGCGCAGAGUGAAAACCCAACCCUGAAUGCGAGCGCAUUUAACGCACAUUACGCCGUCCUGGGAAACACAGCUCUCUCCACCUAUAAGUUUUACUUUGAGGUGUUCGUGGGUGGAAAGAGCGAGUGGUGUCUGGGCUUGGUCAAGGAGUCCAUCGAGAGGAACGGGGUGAUUCCCCGGAGGCCUGGCUGUGGACUCUGGGCCAUCUGGUUCCUAGACGGUAGGUUCGAGACCUUCUGUAAUCCAAAUGUGCCGAUACAUCACGGUCAAGUGGAGAGGGUCGGCGUGUUUGUGCGCUAUGAGAGCGACUGCAUCCAUUUUUACAAUGUGGAAACUGCAACAGCAAUUUACGAGUUUACUAACUGUUCCUUCACAGAAAAACUCUACCCGUAUCUUAAUCCUUGUGAUAACGAGUAUGGCUCGAACCUGGACCCCAUGAUAAUUGUUCCUGUCAUAAAGUCGAAAGGAUGAUUUGUCAGUGUGGAAGUGACGUCAAAAACAAAUUGAAAGGUUUCAGAAAAAUUCAAAGGGGCAUCAAAGCGCUCCACAAUUGUAUUUGACACGAUUUUGAGAUCACUUCUCGAUUUGCAAUUUUAGAUUUAAAGCUCCUGUUGUGGACUUUUGGUUUUAAUCCAUUUUGGCGCCCCCUGUGGACAAACGGUACCUCUUUAUCUCUUUCCUGAUCUUGUCCUGAACACGUGUAAGUCGUGUUUUCACCUGAAAAACCUCACAGGAGCUUUAAAAUACAAAUUAAAGCACUGACACAGAAAGCCAUUCAAAUCAUUUGAAUUCAUUUUUCACUGUUAUUAUGCGCGUCUCCAUAUCCAGAAUUCUCGUUUAUUAUUAUUUUUAAAUUAAGAUAAAAAAUAAUCAGUUAAAAAGCAGAUGUUGCAUGUCGUUGUGCUGCAUGGGUGUUGAAAAAUGUUAAAAGUAGCUGAAAAGAAUGUGUCCCUCUGGUUCAGUGUGGUCUAUAUAAAUCUAAAUAAAGUGUACUCUGUUUUCUCUGAGUCCAAAUGUCUGCUGAAAAGCCAAAAUCAUCUUGAUCCAGUCUUCAUUGACCAAUAUGAACUUAAUACAACAUAACAGGCAGUAAAAGAUGUGUUUAAUGCUUUAAAUAGACAAAGUGGAAUCAUUGAAGCUUGGCUGUGUUUUUGUUUUGAUAACAGGAAAAACAAUGAAGGUUUUUUUUAAAAUAUUUUUUAAAUGACUGAAUACUUUAUUAACAAAGAUCUGUGAAGGAGACAUGUAUAACGCUAACGUUGAUGUACAGGAUGUUGUUGUUGUGUUGAUUUUGUUUCUGCCUUUAGAGUAUUUACAAUAACAUAUAAAGCAUAUCUAUCAGCUGUCCUCUUCUUUGUUUUUAAGAUGACGCCUUAAAUAAAUAAACAAACGUGUUUUUUUUUUUAAAGCUGUAUAUGCCCUGUCAUGGUGAUCAAACUUUUAUAACCAGUCUGAUUAAAUUUGAAUGAAUAAAGAAACAUUACAUAACCAAACCAUGAAA